AUGUAUAACGCUGCGCUUGACUAUGGACCAGAUCAGACCGCUGGACAAGUGUAUUCUGGGGAUGGUUUUGGUCCUGUUUACAAAAAUUGGGAGGCUGAAUUUCUUAUGAUGUGCAUCUGUGACUGGGGGACGAUGGGGCCAGAGUGCGGGACGCGCAUGUGCCCAAAAGGUUUUGACCCGCUAAAGACAAGCGCAGUAUUCUACCGUGAGAUAAAUGUGACGACAAAUGCAACAGCCGUGGGCGCCGGUUUAAACGGCACGUUCGUGAUGACGUUUGAUGGUUUCAGUUUUGAAUUCGAUGCUAACGCUACAUUAUUUGACGAUGCUGCCUGUGAGGUGGCCUGGGAAUCUCUUGACAACGUGGAACAGGUCACGUGUCGCCGUGGCGAUCUCAAUGCAGCCUGGGGUGCAACAUACAACAUCCAAUUCCUCGCAUGGCCAGCGAUUCCAAUGCAAAACAACGUUUUCCACCAUGAGGGUAAUCCUCCACUAUCGUCGUUCACCUGCGACGCGUCCAAUGUUAUGGCCUGGCCAGAUGCCGCGGCGCUCUGCCAAAUUGAAGAUGUCGUAAACAGCGAUAUUUACGAAUACCAGUUCUGUAGUGGACGCGGCACAUGCGAUUUUACAACGGGCUCUUGUAGCUGUUACACCAAUUUCGAGGGUGUUGCAUGUGGAAGUAGUGUCACGGCUUCGUCAAAAGAUGAUGUCGACAUCCUUCUACUUUAUGCAACAGAAGGUUCCUUUGAAAACACAAUUCUAAAACUUGAUGCCGACGCCAACCCCACCGACGCGUUCAAUUUUCUCGAAAUUGUUUCUGGUGGUGCUGAUACAACCAUGCUCACUAUAGAAGGCGAUGGUGAUGUCACAGUCGCCAUUGGCGAUGUGCAAGUUUUAACGGGGGAGCUCUUCCUCCACUCAGGGCUCAGUGUGGUCGAUGGAGGAGCAACGAUAACCACCGGCGGGCUUCGGGUUACCGCAGGUGGAACAACAGUGGAUGAGGGUGGCCUGAAGGUAGUCGGGAACACUGAUCUUUGGGGAGACGUAUCCGCUUUCAACGGUAGCUACUUCUUCUACUCAAACAUUAGCGGCUAUGGCGACUCAAAUAUUAUGGAGAUCCGUGCGACACAGGACGCUUUUGCAGGCGCGGUGCUCGAAGUUGGUGCAGAUCGCAACAUGUCGGAUUCGUUCGACCUAUUUCGCAUCACCAUAGAUGAUGGUCCCUUACCUCGAGAAGUAUUUGCCGUUACAGGCCAAGGUCACACUAUGAUAAAGCGCGGUGGACUCAGCGUUACAGGCACGACCACCCUGAAAGCUGGGGGUCUUCUCGUCAAUGCUGGCGGCGCUACUAUCACCGCUGGAGGACUCACCGUCUCAAAUGUCGGCGAAUGUCACGCCUGCCUCAGAUCCGCAUUUUUGAGAGUAAAUUUAUCUAUAGAAGAUGAUGAUAACCACAGCUAA